CUACUUUCUGACCGCUUUGGGUAUCCCGUGUUUUCCCCGCAACAACAACUUCAAAACAUCCACCCGCAUCUUGAUCGGCUUCCACUUGUACCCCAAUCGAUUGGCCUAUAACCACAAGUUCCAAUAUGUCGCGUCCCUCGUCAAUGGCCCAGCGCCCAUUGACACUUACAGAGGAAUUGGAAAAGCUGGAACAGUCUAUCACCCUUACUCUCCAAGAAAUCGACCACAACUUCAGCCGCGCCCACCGUAUCGUCACAACUAGUAUCCUCCCCGUUGUUGAGCAAUAUUCCGAAGCUUCUCGAGACGUAUGGGAGGGCGCGAAGUUUUGGAAACAGUUCUUCGAAGCCAGCGCAAACGUCUCCCUAUCUGGCUACGAGGAACGACCGGACCAUGACACAACUCUCGAGCAAACGGUAACAGACGAUGAUCCGUCUAAUAUCUCCCAGAGCAACCUCGACGAAUCCCAGUCUUACCAGACACCGUCCACUGAACGCAGCGACCGCAACAAAAGACCCGACGACGUCGAUAUUACCUCCUUUAGUCUCUCCUCUCACAGUACGCCGCGCGCUGUACUGCAGGAAGGCCCUCACGAUGACACGACUGUGACUUCUUCUAUCGCCCAGCCAUCCCCGUACGACGGGGCGGGCCACGACGUGGACGAGUACCAAGGAGAGGACUCUUUCCUUCCCAGCACACCCGGCAAACAAACAAGCAGAUCCCAUGAAACCUACAACGACGACCUCCUAUCUUCUUCUCCGUUCAUUCCUCCAGUGUCUCACGAUAAAUCCAGAUCAACAGCCAAGAGCGAAGCCGAUCCCGUCAUGCAUCGUCUUCUCGACAAAACGUACCGCGUACAAGCCACGCCACUCGGAAAGGGCUACGACGCCACGCGGUCCCGUUUUGCGGUCACGCCUAAGGCUGCUUCGACAACUAAAUACGAUUUCGAUGACUCCCCCAUGUCUAGUCCUGAGCCCGAAGCUCCUCGGUUAAAUUCGGAACUCUUCUCCUCUCCGUUCAAGCCCCAAACCCCGGGGACAGGCCGCAAGAGGCGCCCAAGUGGCAAUCGUCUCCGUAUUACUCCCAAGCCAGGCACGAGUGUGCUGACGCCGGCGAAAGGUGGCUUCGGCAAGCGUAACGAUUGGGAUAGCGACGACGACCAGUUCAACGACGACGACGACGAUGAACUAGGUCUUAGCCCACCAAAGACUAUGCAGUUCCAUAUUCCCCAGAGUCGGCUCAUGAAGACACCAGCCAAGGAAGCCUCCCGACGAAUUGUGGAGCAGCUUCUUUACACGGCUGGCGCCAAUGACACUACGGAGGAUAUAGGCGAUGAUCAGAGUCCAAGCGUUAUCCGGCGAAUGGAGCGGCUAGAGGAUGAUACGUUCUAAGCCCCUCGUGGAUAUUAUCGAUCGAUAGGCAGAGACUGGAGAAACUACGUGCACGAUGCACUUGCGAAUGACCUCCCUCUACCAUUCAAGAGACAAGCCACCUUAUAGAACACUCGAACAUUAACAUACAGUCCAAGAGGCCACAACGGAGAAGAACUGGAUGCUCCAGUCACUCAGAACCACCCAGAAGGAUAAGAAAGUCGUCUAAAGAUUUUUAAGAGCACACAUACACCACUGGUUGGAACUGGCUUCGAACCUGCGGAAUCAAAUAUUGGGGAAUCGAAAUAGCACGCAGGCACUGAAAGAUACAUGAAGGGUAUCGAGAGGGAAGCGCUGAUCAUCAGAGAGGUUUUGAGAAGGUAGGCGGGCGGCGCUGGGUAAAAGAUGCGCGAGAUAGCAGAGCGGAGCGGGUAGAUUGGCCCAAACCCCAUAUAUACAGGCACUUGGGGGCCGGAUCCAUGCGAACUUCGAAGGGCCCUAGGAAGAGAGAGGAGCCUAAGAAGGAAAGGAAGACGAGAACACAGUUGAGGCUGAGCCGAGUUUGAACUUGGACGCGACGAUUAGUUGUGAUUUUGCAUACCCAUAAACACUUCCUGGCAAUUUUCCACUAGGAAUUUGACAACCUCGUUCUUCUUCUGCACAUCUGUCAUUUCUCGCGCGAGACUCUGUGGUCUCAUGAUAGUCGGCGCGAAGACAACGGCGAUGUUCUGGCUGGUCAUUAGAUUCUCCUUCUCUCGCUCCACAACACGUUUCAAGUGGAACACGAGGAACUCAAGCACAUCCUGGUGGACACGCGGGAGCUCUCCAAGACUCUGCUGCAGGGAUUCAAUGCGGGCAGAUUGUGAGGGAAUCUCCCCCGUUUCAAUGAUUUUUUCGUAGACAUCGUAGGUAAUGAGCGGCAUAGGUAGUUUUCGGAAAUAUUGUUUCAGCGCCGAUGUCACUGCAUGAAUAUCCAGAUCGGGGUCUGAUAUGUCAUAAUCCUGAGGAGAUCGUUCAAAGCCUUCUCUGAUGGUUUGAAUCGCUGAGCUAGCACCUGAUUUACGGUAAAUUCCUUCCAUAUCCAUGCCUAAUGAAGACCCAG